AUGGCCAAGGAGUAUAGUGGUGGGUCGCCCAAGCUUCACCAGCUCAACACGAAGCGAAAUCGCCUCACUUACAUCCUCAUCGUGAGCGGCCUUUGUGUCCUCUUCUACGUGCUCGGUUCCUGGCAAGGCCGCUCCCCAAUCCCAACCACCCAAACCGACUUCUCCUCCAAAGUCAACUGCGAAAACGAGGGGGCCAAAACGGACAUUUCGCAAUCCUCCUCUUCUUCCUCCACGACCCCCGACCAGCUGGACUUCGAGAGCCACCACCAGCUGGCGGUCAACAGCUCCGAGUCAACCGAGCUCUUCCCGCCUUGCGAGGUUAAGUACACCGAGUACACGCCGUGCGAAGACCAGCAGCGCGGCCGGAAGUUCGACCGGAACAUGCUCAAAUACAGGGAAAGGCACUGCCCGACAAAAGACGAGCUGCUGAGGUGUCUCGUCCCGGCCCCACCGAACUACAAGAGCCCCUUUAAGUGGCCGCAGAGCAGGGACUACGCGUGGUAUUCCAACAUACCCCACAAGGAGCUGAGUAUAGAAAAAGCCGUUCAGAACUGGAUUCAGGUCGAGGGGGAUCGGUUCAGAUUCCCGGGAGGGGGCACGAUGUUCCCGCGUGGAGCUGAUGCGUAUAUUGACGAUAUUAGUGCUCUUAUUCCGCUUACGGACGGGAGCAUUCGAACCGCGGUCGAUACUGGUUGUGGGGUUGCUAGUUGGGGUGCUUACCUACUGAAGAGGGAUAUAAUAGCAAUGUCAUUUGCACCGAGAGACACGCACGAGGCACAGGUUUGGUUUGCGCUUGAAAGAGGUGUCCCUGCAAUGAUUGGCAUUAUGGGUUCGCGUAGGCUUCCGUAUCCUGCUCGAGCCUUCGACAUGGCUCAUUGCUCUCGUUGCUUGAUCCCUUGGUUCGACCAUGGUGGGUUGUAUCUUGCUGAAGUGGACAGGAUCUUGAGGCCCGGCGGGUACUGGAUACUCUCGGGUCCUCCAAUCCGCUGGGCGAAAUACUGGCAAGGUUGGGAGAGAACAAAAGAAGACUUGAAGCAGGAGCAAGAUUCUAUUGAAGAGGUUGCUAAACGCCUCUGCUGGAAAAAAGUUGUGGAGAAGGGAGAUCUUGCCAUCUGGCAGAAACCCAUUAAUCACGUCGAGUGUCUCGACACCAAAACGUCGUAUCCCGAGCCGCCCAUCUGCAAAUCAGACAAUGCCGAUGCAGCUUGGUACAAGGACCUAGAAAACUGCAUCACCCCACUGCCGGAGGUGAACCACGCCAGUGAUGUGGCAGGAGGCCCGCUCAAGAAAUGGCCCGAACGGGCCUUUUCGGUCCCACCAAGAAUCAGCAAUGGCUUGGUCCCCGGAGUCACGGCCAAGCAGUUCCAUGAAGACAACGAGCUGUGGAAAGAGCGUGUCUCUUACUACAAGAACCUCGUCAGCCAGCUGCCACGCGGGAUGUACCGUAACGUGAUGGACAUGAACUCCAACCUCGGAGGAUUUGCGGCGGCUGUCAUGAAGUACCCUGUCUGGGUCAUGAACGUGGUCCCUGCUGGCACGCCUCCCGAAACUUUGGGUGUCAUAUACGAGCGGGGUUUUAUAGGGACGUAUAUGGACUUGUGUGAGGCCUUCUCGACUUAUCCUCGGACAUACGACCUGAUCCAUGCUGGCGGGGUUUUCAGUCUGUACCAGGACAGGUGUGACAUCACGUACAUUCUGCUCGAGAUGGAUAGAAUCCUUCGGCCGGAAGGGACGGUGAUUUUCCGGGACGAGGUGGAAGUUUUGGUGAAGGUUAAGAGCAUUACAGAUGGGAUGAGAUGGGAGAGCAAGAUAGUUGAUCAUGAAAGUGGGCCAUUUAAUACAGAGAAAAUUCUUGUUGCCACAAAGACUUACUGGACUUCUGAAUCCAACCAGGGGCAGAAGUAA